AAUUGGAACAAAAUUGGGAGAUGCUCGUACACCCGAUUGCGCCCUUCCCUACGUACAACACCCGAGCCCUAAAUUCACCUAAAGAGUCAGACGAUUGAAGCUGAAGCUGCUUCUUCCUGAACAAGUCCCGACAGCUUGUCAAAUUUGGAAGCCAAAAGCUUGUUGCAGAAAGUAUGGCUAAGCACCAUCCGGAUUUGAUUAUGUGCAGAAAACAGCCUGGAAUUGCCAUUGGCCGGCUUUGUGAGAAAGAUGACGGGAAGUGUGUAGUCUGUGACUCGUAUGUGCGUCCCUGUACCCUUGUGCGAGUUUGCGAUGAAUGCAACUAUGGUUCAUUCCAAGGUCGUUGUGUCAUCUGUGGAGGAGUGGGAAUUUCUGAUGCCUACUACUGCAAAGAGUGUACACAGCAGGAGAAAGAUAGGGAUGGGUGCCCCAAAAUUGUCAAUUUGGGGAGUGCAAAAACAGACCUGUUCUACGAACGAAAAAAAUAUGGUUUUAAGAAAAGAUGAUGCAUGUUGUACAUUUAUUGAUACUUCCAUUUGCCAUUAUGUACCAAUCUUAUAUGAAUAUCAAUGAUUGAAUAUGUUGGCAGGAAGUUUAGGUCCUAUCUGAAUGUAAACCUAAUGGAUGUAGACUUAAUGAGAUUUCUCUUCCUGUCUUUUGUUGGUGAUAUUUGUUUGACGUUUUCAAGUAGUAUAUAUAAAUACUUAAGUUUCUGUGAAUGAUUAUUCAGUACUAAGUUCUGUUGGUG